AUUCGGACGUUGAACGGAUUAACCUUAAAUCACUGGAUAUGACAUGUUGAAAAUUUGACCAUUUUUCAUAAGUAUGGAACAGAGCGACGAGGAUUGGUCAGUCGAAUGCUCUGACGAUGAAAAAUAUGAGGCAACUACAGCGAACGAAUGGACUCUGCAGCCAGAGAGUAUAAUGGCAUUGAUUGAAGGAUUGGAGGUGAACCAUCAUAUUCUUGAACUGGAAUGGAAAUGUCCAGGAAGACGAGGCCCUUCGCCAGUACCCACCAAUAAUCGUCAACAGGAUCACACUUCACAGGAUUAUAAAACUGAAGAGAAGUCUGAUUUUGACUUUAUGGAUGAAAUGUCGUCCCCACGGAUGCCAGUUCGGCGAGUUGGGGAAAGCACUCCGAAAGGUAGUGCCAAGAAAAAGACUGCAAGUUUCAACGGGGUCUUAUCUACAAUGCUCCGACACCGACGCUUGGAACAACAAGAAAUCAACUCUAGUCCUAAAAAGCCAGAAGCUAACUCCCCAAACCCCAAGCCACAGGCAACUCAAUAGGACUUCAUUUGUUAAAUCCGAACUAUGAAAAUUUACCUACAUUAUUUGUUGGAACAGUUUGUCGGUUUUGCAGGGUUUGACAAUAAGACCCUUUUGUACUGGUAAUUUUUCAGUUUUUGGUGAUUGAUUGAAUUUUAUAUCACCAUUUUUUAAUAAUAAGAUAUUCAUUGGUACGAAAAAUCGUUUCAACAGUGACGAAAACAUUUUUGUACUAUUGGAAUUGAAUAUAAGUUUAAUAAUAAAACUGAUAUACCGUAUUGCUUCGAGUCUGAGUCGAGAUUUUUAGUUGUUGACAGCACACGCCAAAGUCGUUCUCAUUUUAUGCGCGUACCCAUCUUAUGUUCGUAACUAAGAAAAACACCCUGAAAUACUGUCUUAGAAUUGGAGGCCAUCCUAUAUUCGGGGUCGGUUUAUACUGGGAACAAUACGGUACUACCGAUUAAAAAUCAUAUCAUGAAGGUGUGAAUACAAUAACAUUGCCUAUAAUCUUAAGUUUAUCAUUUUAGAUCUGAGAUAAUUUUUUGUAAAUAUAUUAUCUUUAACACUGUUUCACGAUUGUUUCGCGUCGCUGAAAAUUCACUCUACCUUUACCGUACAGAGCAGACUUAUAUCUGUAUGCUAAUUCAAAAUCAGCAUACUGCAUACUUGUAAUUAUUAUUAUACAAUUUAUUCUAGAUAUAAUUAUAUACAUGUAUAUAAUAUUUUUUUUUUCAAGAUUCAAGACGAAAAUAUUGAGUCAAAAAGAUGCUGUCCAAAUUUUAGCUCUUAAUAUUUUUCUAUUUUCCAUUUCAAUAACAUGGGAAUAUUUUUUUUGACUUUAGGAUUUUAUAACUCGUCAACGCAUUGGUGUAUUGAUGAGACCAGAACGUAAUUUAUCGCUUUACAAAAAAUCUACUUUUUCAAAAGUUAUUUAAGGUCCGUUUAUAUAUUAUAUAUUAUACAUAUAACUUAUCAAACGAAAAUUAAUUCAAAAUACGCGGUUGAAAGAUAGAGCCAAUAGAUGAGAAAAUUUUAACGAAUGUUUCCAAUCUGUUGAUCCUAUGAUGAAUGUCUGUUUAGUCUUCUUGAGGGUCUAAUUUGUCAAAAAAUUCACGAAAUUUUACCAAAGUUUCAAAAACUCUAAAAUUAAAUGAUUCAGGCCUUUUUAUUGUGAGACGUAAUUUUGCCACAAUAUAUAAUUGUGCAAGGUCUCAAAUGGUUGCGAUCAUAGCAUUAAAUGUGAUAGCGAAACAAUUGAGAAACGUUGUACUUUCGUAGCUAUCCAUUUUCCAAAGUUCUAAGCUGUUUUUUUCAAUUUCUAGGGGUUAAAUUAGUGAAAAAAAACAUCUACAAAUCGAUUGUGAGAUAAAAAUGUUUUUGGAUUCAGAAGAUCGCAAAA